CUCCCCUCUCAGCCGCCCCCCCCCUCCCCACAGCGGCGCCACAAGCAAGGUCAGCGCGGCUGCCCCACUGCGACCGGCCAGUUCUACCCCCCCCCCACCCCGCAGCGGCGCCUUUGCCCAGAAAGUGCCCCCUCCCCAGGGAAGACCCGCCCAGAUGGCCAGACAUCAGCCACUCCACUGGCAGCUCCCGGACGACGUGGACCGGUUCUUCAGGACUGCCGAGCGCAGGAGUACGUCCUUUCCCGCCGCCGCCGCCGCCGCGAUGGGUCGCCUUGCGCGGAUGAGGUGUCCCCCGCCGCCAGCCCACUGACCAUCCCCACCCAGUGUCGGAGCUGGCCGAGGAGGACGACAUUGUGGCGAUAGUCUUCUCCGCCUUUCAGCAGACCGAGACGCUUGGCAUUUUGGACCGAGCCGUCGUCCUUGCCUUCAUGAUGUACCUGCUCCACUACGACACCACCCGCUUCUUCAGCCAUGGGUAUGGGAACAAAGUGCUCGAGUUGAAGGCGCAGGUGUGCGACAAAGUGGACGCCCUCCACGGCAUGCUCUUCGAGGAGGCCAGCGCGCACCUGCAGCCCCACCCACUUCGCACGGGUCUGGCCGUCCUGAAGCCCUUCGCCAUCCUCAUGCGGGAUCAGCUGCUGGCCAAGAUCCCGGACUUCGACAUCGACCUGAACAUGGGGGAGUAUUCCCACAUGCUGGAGACCACCUUCCCCCCUGGGGCCUACCUGUCGCUACGUGGCUCAUUCCACGCCAUCUUCGUCGGGCAUGCCCCCCCGGCCAGCCUGGCCCUGGCCCUGCAGCAGCCCAUCGACAUGGCCCAGCGGGGGGCAUGCAGCCUGCCCGAGCUCCAGCCCGACCCCUCGUCGCCCCGGCAGAGACACCUUUUCCGGCAGUCCACCCGGUACAUGGAUACCUGCUCGGCCAUUGUCAUCCAAAGGCCCCAGGUGCCCCAUCGCGGCCGGGCCGAGCCCGAGCCCUAUCUCGUGCGCAUUGCCCUGCUCCAGGCGCCCUGGCAGCCGAGCACCGACUCAUGGGCCGACAUGAGGCAGCACCUCACCGGCAUGGACUUCCUGUUCGACCUUCGCCACGAUCAGUCCCUCUACUGCCUGGCCCACUUUCUGGCGGCCGCGUCCGGCUGCCCGCGGCGCCCCUUGGUGCACUUCGACCAGUCGAGGGAGCUUGCCAUGCUGCUGGCCUUCAUCCUCAACAGCAAGUACGGUGCCAUCCUCCUGGCCGGCACCCGGCCGGCCAUCGAUGUGGCUGGCUACCCCCGCCGCCCGGAUGGCGAGCAUCAUGCCGCCGACGCAGGGGACCCCGCCGCCACCCCCGGCACUUGGAGCCAGCAUGCCCAUUGUGUGCUUGGCCCGACCAUGGGCGAGCGUACGCUGGAGCGCCUGGUGGCCAUCUGCCCCGGUCUCCCUGUGCCGGAUGCCCCGACGUUCCAUGGGAUUGCCCGCAGCAAGGAGCCCGGGGCCACUCCUCUUUCGGCCUUCGCCUAUCCCCUCAUCCUCGGCGAGUUGUAUGUCUUCUAUGCAUAUCUCCAUGCUGUGGAUCGCACGGACGAGCGAGUGGCCGACCUUUGGGACACCGUCUCCCGCAGGCAGCGCCAGUAAGAUGCCCCCCGGCCCGGAACUCGCCCGCCCGCCCUCUGGGGCCCCCGGCGGGGCUCAUGGCGCCGUCCCUUGCACCCUGGCCCAGGCUCCUUGGCUCGCCAUCACGGCCCCCUGUGCACAAUACACCCCCCCCCAUGGAGGUC